UAAAGAGACCCGGGCGCCCGGCGGUAAACGUCUCGUUUCCAGUCCAGUAGUGGCAGUAGUCCGUUAGUAUCCUUGUCUAAAGUGCGUGGUUCAUACAAUAUAAUAUUUCAUAAAUUAAUCAAUAAUCGAAUAGUGAAGACCUACAACUGAUACCGUGAUACUUUUGUCACAUUUCUCUAUUCUGUGCUUUUGUAGUGCUGUUAUCAGUAUUUUUAAUUUUUCAACGAGUGUUCAGUACCAAGACUAUUGUGAAAUGAGACAUGUCAAAUUAUGGAGUAUAGAUCAAACUUUUGACUGUUGUAACUUGUAAUAUACUAAUUUAGUUAUAAUAUUUUACACCACCUGCUGAAUAAAAAAGUUAUCUUUUUUCUGUCUUUUAUACCUCGUCAGUUAUUAAUCUUUAAAAAAAAUAAAAUAUUGAUUGUGCUGUAUUAUGGUAUUUUACUACCCCAUUCAAUACAAAUUAAUAAAGAACAUUACAAUUUAAUACAAUUUAAAUUCAUUCUUAAUGGUGUACUAAUUGUAAUAUUUUUUUUCUUUGUAAAAACAUCAUAUUAUUAACAAUAGUUUUAAUUAUUUUUCAAAACACAAUGUCUUUAAAAAGUGUUCUAAAAAAGAAGUUUAAGAUAAAAAAUCCAAUUGUUGCGAUGAAGAAAAAAAAGAAUGCAUCCAAGCAUGUUCUUUAUACACCAUCAGCAGAUACUUACAUUCAAAUUGAUACAGAUAAUAUUAGCAAAGAACGUUCCAUAACUGAAAAAGAGCAAAACCAAAACACAGCUCCUGAAAAUUUAGUUAAUGGUGAGAAUGUGGAUGAAAAAAAUAUGAAUAUUGAUGGGUUGAGCAAAUCAAUAACUGAGACAAAACGCAAUAAGAAAAAACGUAAAUCUACAGAUAAUGAUGCAAAUCUUGAAUGUGAGGUACCUACAAAAAAAAGAGUAACUUUUGCAGCUGAUGUAAAAAGUGAAAAAGAUGAUCAGAAAGGUAAUUCUAGCAAUUUGAAACUAAUAAGCUUAAACAAACGAAAAAAAUUGAAUUAUAUAAAGAAGUUGAAGGCAAAAAAAAAUAAACAAAAAAAUGCAAAGAAAUGUGAAGAAAAUACUACUGCAGUUAGUACACCCAGACAAGAACGAGCCUUGGAGUAUUUGAUGCAAUGGAAAAAUGACCGCACAAAUUGGAAGUUCAAAAAAAUUUAUCAAUCUUGGUUGAUUUACUUCACUUAUGAUCCUCUGAAGGUACCUAAAGAACAUUUUGGCACUUUAGUAGAAUACCUUCAAACUGUAGAGGGUCAAAUUCGCAGUAUAAUUCUUCAAAAUGCGAAUAAAGUUGUCUCAGAAUUUUCAUCUUCUAACGUGAGCCAACAAGAAUUAAAUUCAUCACAAGAAGUUAAAUAUCAACGAGCAAGGACUAUUAUUCAAAUGUUUGACUGAUACAUUUAAUAAAAUAUAUGUUUUUGAAUAAAUAACAUUAAAACCAUAAAUCUAACUGAAUCUAAUAACUUAUAUAACAUAAUUUCAUAAAUUAAAUAUAUUAUUUUUUUUCUAUCGUAGGCUCAGUUAGUUUUGAAAUAAAAUGUUUAAGUUUAUCUUCAUCUUGUAGUCCAAUCAUUUUUCCUUGAACUUUCCCAUCUUUCAUUAAUACUAGUUCUGGUACAACUGAGACCUAAAAAAAAAAAACGUUUCUUUGAUUUAGAAUAGUGUUACGCUAGUUACAAUUUUUUGAAUAAAUAUUUCUUUUAAAGUA